CGCAGAAAAAAAAGUUGGGAGGCUCACAGAUCGAUACGGCUAACGAAGAAAUCACAACCUCGAACCCCAUACUCGACCUAUAUCCAAUAUGUCGGCCAUCGGAUCCCUUGUUUUCUGCACUGACUGUGGCUCCUUGCUGGAUGGCUCAAUUGGAGACCCGAGCAAGAUUCUGAUCUGCGAUAUUUGCGGAGCUAAGAACAAAGACACCGUUGCCCAAACUAUCGUGUCCGAAUCCAAGCCCAGUGCUUUCCCCUCAUCUCUCAGGGCAAAGCGAUCUGCCGUCCAGACUUUGACCGCGGAGGACAGAAAGACGGAAGCCCUUGCCCAGCACACAUGCGCCCAGUGUGGUAGAAAGGAAAUGUAUUUCACGACAGUACAAUUGCGCAGCGCCGACGAAGGAAGUACAGUUUUCUACACGUGUGUUUGUGGUUACAAGGAGACGACCAACAACUAAAAUGCGAAAAUCAUGACGUCUAUUUUUUGGCCCUUAUUUGUACAUCUAUGAGGCACGAAAGCAACUAUUUACCGACACCGUAAUAUCAUUGUUCGCAUAAUUCAUCAAAUCAAGCAGACACCGCAGCAGGGGCAGCCGCGUCUGGCACCAAGGCGUAUUCGACUUCUCCGCUCUUCUCGAAUUCCGCCAUAUCGAGCGCCACGAUGAUGCUGUCUCUAACCACCUGCUCCGGAUCGUUCAAGAACUUCUUCAAUGUAUCCUCAACACCCUCCACAUCGCCCAAGCUGCCAAGGGCUUCCGCGGCUUCGUGUCGCACCAUACCCAUCUCUGAUUGAUCGCUCAGGCACUCCGUAAGGCAAGGCACGGAGGCAGGGUGACACAGUUGGCCAAAGACGAAAGCGACCUCGUGACGGAAAAGAGCGGAGGGAUCCUUGAGACCCUUGGCCAGCGCAUCGACAGCCUCGACGGCCGUGGGCAAGUCCGGAGGCG